CGAACCUCUGGCCUUCGUCGACUGGGUCCUUCGUCGGCUGCAGACGCUUCAGUUGGACACAGCUAGUGUUUUGUGGGGCGAUCUCGCUACAAGAAACCGGUCAAAAAUGUUGAAUGAGUUGGUUAGGAGGCGACUAACGGCGGCAGCUGAUGAAUGGAUGAAUAUUCGCGUUGUUUGAAAGAGCGAAAGCGUCCUAAGAGGAGGAACUUCCUCGAACAACAGAGAAGGAGCGACAUCGACAACAACUCGAAGCUGUGUGCAAGACUCCCAUCGUUUUGCAAAUAGAAGUGUGUUUGUGUCCUGCAGAUGAUUUGUCAAGAAGAACGCCCCCCUCCACCGCAGGAGGGGAGCUCCACUUUGAAGCAGGAAGAGCCACAUCCCCUUCACGUUAAAAAGGAGGAGGAGAAGCCACAGCCCCCCCACGUCAAAGAAGAAGAAGAAGAGGAGGCACUCUGGAUCACUCAGGAGGGAGAGUUUCUUCUCGAGCCAGAGGAGGCUGAUAUCACCAAGUUGCCGCUGACUGUUGUCUCGGUGAAGACUGAAGACCAUGACGACAAACCACCUGAGUCCUCACAGCUUCAUCGCAGUCCAAGUGAGGAGAACAGCUGGGCGGAGCUUCCAAGCAGCAGAUCACCACAACACAUGACAACAGAAGCUGAUGGAGACCACUGUGGAGGAUCACAAGCAGACAAGCUCUUAGCUCCACUAUCAGAUAGUGACGACACAACGUCACACUCCCCUGAAGAUGAAGACCAGGACAGCGCCCAGGAACCUUUGAGCAGCGAUACAGACUGUGAAGGUGAUAUGAGGACUCACACUGACAACAAACACUCUGAAUGCUCAGAAAAGAAGACGGGUAAAAAACCUUUCAGCUGCUCAGUUUGUGAUAAAAGCUUUUCUUAUAUGAGUGAUUUUUCUCGACACAUGGCAACACACACAGGAGAGAAACCUUUCAUUUGCUCAGUUUGUGCAAAAGGAUUUUUUCAAAGGUGUGAUUUGGCUCGACACAUGCGGACACACACGGGAGAAAAACCUUACUGUUGUUCAGUUUGUGGCAAUACAUUUUCUCAGAGGUCAGCUAUGACAACACACAUGAGAACGCACACAGGAGAAAAACCCUUUAGUUGCUCCGUUUGUGGCGAAAGAUUUGUUCAAAGUACACAUUUGAUUGUACACAUGAAAAUGCACACUGGAGAAAAACCUUAUAGUUGUUCAAUUUGCGGCGCUAGGUUCUUCCGACAAUCGCAUGUGGUAUCUCACAAGCGGACGCACACGGGAGAAAAACCUUUUAGUUGUUUAGUUUGUGGUCAAGGAUUUUCUCAGAAGUCCAGUUUGAACAAACACACGAGAACACACACAGGAGAAAGACCCUUUAGUUGCUCCGUUUGUGGCAAAAAAUUUGCUCGAAAGGAACAUUUGACUGUACACAUGAAAGUACACACAGGAGAAAAAGCUUUUAGUUGCUCCAUUUGUGGUGCUAGAUUCGUUCGAAAAACGCAUGCGGUAUCACACAUGACAACACAUGCAGGAAAUGAAACCUCUUAGUUGCUCAUUUGGUGGGCAGAGCUUUUCUCAUGAGCACAGGUUGAACACACUUCUUGCCCGCACGGGAGACCGACAACUGUCUCGUGCGCCUCCAUUUUCACGUCUCCUCGCCGCUACUCACCUUGCCCACCCACCUACAAUGGGAGCCUAUCAGCUUAAACAUGCACUUGUGGAGUCCCUUUGACAGCCCACAUGCAGACACACUCUGUGACCUGCACAAUUUAUGCUAAAAUAUUAAAUAAAUAAAAAAAGAUACUACCAACAAGUAGCACAUACGGCGGUUACUAUUAUAAGUAGCCUGCACAAUACCUACCCUGACUUUUCGUUGGGCUUGAGGUUUCUUCCAGUUAGUUUUUUCUUGCGUCUGUUCCCAAAAUACAUUGCCAUGUGGAGUUUGGUUGUUGUUUUUUAAAUGCUAUCAAGCUAAGUAGGAAUCCCCCAGGAUUCAAACAAAUGACACAGUAAAUGUAAUUGUAUGUUAAGGGCUUGGCAAGUCAAUCACAUGCAAGUCAACUUUUGUGUCAGGCGGUAAUUCUUACUCUUUUGUGGUAUGGUGUAUUCGUAAGCAAUAUUGGUGUUAUAAAAUGUACUUUUUUUUUUUUUUUACUCUUUUGUUGUAUAAUGUGCGGAAAAUGUUUAACCUUUUUGGCUGUAAAAGGGUCCUGUACCUGGUCUACCUGUUUAAAGAGAUCUUUGAUCUCAAUGGGACAAAACCUGGAUAAAUAAAAGAGAAAUUUAAAAAGAAUUGUAUGGGAAAAGGAACGUUUACAAUCGCAGUUU